AUGAAUAUUUUUGUAUUUAUUUUAUGUUUAAUUCAUUUGGCUAAUUCUUAUUUAAAUAACAAAAAUAUAUUUUUCGAAAAUAUUUUGAAAAGAAAUAUUAAAUUAAAAGCAAAAAAUGAAAAACCUCAAAUUGAUAGUAAAAUAAUAAAUUAUUUUAAAAAUAUAAGAAAUGAGUUUCCUUUCUUUCAAAGAAAAGAUUGUCCUAUUUACUUUGAUAGUGCAGCAACGACACAUAAACCAAAUUCUGUUAUAAAAAAAAUAGAAAAUUUUUAUAAAAAUGAGAAUUCUAAUAUCCAUCGCGGUAUUUACAAGAUUAGCUUAGAAGCAACAAAUAAUUAUGAAAAUGUAAGAGAUAUAAUAAAAAAUUAUAUUAAUUGUGAUAGUAGAGAAGAAAUAAUUUUUACUAAUGGUGCUACUUAUGGUUUAAAUUUAGUAUGUAAAAUGAUAAUGGAUAAGAUUAUUAAAAAAAAAGAUGAUGAAAUUCAUUUAACAUAUUUAGAACACCAUUCAAAUAUUAUACCAUGGCAAGAAGAAAUAAUAAGGCGUAAAAAAGGAAAAAUAAAAUAUAUACCAUUAAAAAAAAGUGGUUAUAUAAAUAUAAAGAAAUUAGAAAAAAAUAUUAAUUCCAACACAAAAGUUUUAUCAAUUAGUCAUGUUUCUAAUGUACUUGGUAAUAUACAAAAUAUAAAUUUAAUUAUUAAAAAAGUAAAAAAAAUAAACUCUAAUAUAAUCAUAAUUAUAGAUGCAGCACAAAGUUUUCCACAUAUUAAAUAUGAUAUCAAAAAAAUGAAAUCAAAUAACUCAGAUCCUGACAUAUUAAUAGCAUCAGGUCACAAGUUUUGUGCCCCAUUAGGAAGUGGUUUUAUUUAUAUGAAAAAAUCCUUAACAUCUUCUUUUAAAUUUAAGCCACUGUUAUAUGGAAGCAAUAUAAUAACAAAUGUUUCCAAAUAUAAAUCAAAAUUUGUUUCUCCUCCUUAUUUAUUUGAAACAGGUACGCAAAAUAUUUCAGGUAUUUUAUCGAUGGGUGCUGCUAUACAAUUUUUACAAAAAAUUGAUUGGAAUUUUUGUUAUUCAUAUGAAAUGUAUUUAUAUGAUUUAUUGAUUUAUUAUUUACAAAAAUUUCUUAAACACAAACUUAUUCAGCUACCUUUAACAAAUUCUUCAAAAAAAUAUGAUCAUGUAAGGUAUAAUUCCGAUGUGCAAAAUUAUCAUAACAGUAUAGAAAAUAAUAUCGAUGAAGUAAAAAAUUACUUUAAUUUAAAUACGAAUGAUUUAAAAAUUAAAAAUAAUGAUUCAUUACAUACACAUAGUGAUUUAACAAACAUAAAAAAUGAUACACAUAAUACAGAUAAUAGUUCUGUAGAAGAUUUAAAGAUUUAUAUUCAUAAUACUAAAAGAUUUGGCUUGAAAAAAGUUGGAAUAUUGCCAUUAUGGUCAAAUAAAUUUUCUUCCUUUGAUUUAGUUACCUUUUUAGAUUUUAAAAAUAUUUGUAUAAGAUCAGGGAAUCACUGUACAACAUUGUUACACAAACACUUUUUAAAAAUUCCUGAUAGUUCAAGAAUUUCAAUAUAUUUUUACAAUACACCUGAAGAAAUAUCUUAUUUAGCAGAACAAAUUGCAACAACAUCUAUUAUGUUAAAUGAUGUGAAAAAAUGA